CGACUUUCGAUCUCGGCCCCGUUGGAUUCACCACCGAUGGUGAGCCAGGUUUGUCAAAGACCAUUUCCAACCGAUCACCUUGGAAGAUGGGAGGACACGCCUACUACUCACUGGCAGAUUUUGUUCUUUGUUGCGUUCAAAUAUGGAUUCGAUACAGGAGGCUAUGUCAAUCAUGCAGCACCUUGAGUACGCUCAAGAUACGGAAAGACGAAUGGCCAGACUCUGCCUUGAUUGACUCGAUCUACCUGGACCUUCUUCCUAUUUUUGACUGCAGGCGUGAUGCCGAGUUAAAUCCCAUUCCCUUGGAUAUGGUUGAUAUUGAAACACCAUAUUACCUGUUCCCUGAUCCUGAUGGGCAAUCAGUAAUCCCAGAGAGCCGACGCAUAUCGCUGGGACUUCCUUCCUUUGGGCCAUGGGUUUCUCCUGUCUAUUACAUUUGGAACACUGAGACGUACGACGUCAUCCGAGCAUGGCAGGAGGCGAGAGGUUUUGAUCCCUUGACGACCGAGUUCGCUCGUUCUUUGGGCUAUCCAAUUAUGGACCCAAUAUUUCCCGACCCCAUGAACUCUCUAAAGACACUUGUUUCCCUUCUUCCUUCGGCGAGAGCGAAGGUGCUAUGGAUGUAGGCGUUUACGAAGCUCCGAUGGUCAAUGCGGGUGGGGAUAUGGAGGUGGAUUAGGGUUGGGCGACAGUCUUAGAGCUAAACACCGAGUCGGGUUCCAUCCACCCAAAUUGAGCACCACCGGGUACCUACGAUCCCUAAUGGCCUCGUCGAUAGCCAAGUCCGAUCCGUAUGUACAUAAUAUUGGGUCGCCAGUGUUGUCCUACUUAGUACCGGACUGCUUUGAUUUUUUCUACGUCGACUGUGAGAAUGUGAGACUGCUCAAGCGC